ACGACAAUGUGUGGAUAGUACCAAAGCUAUUAUUGACCGUCAGUGGAGCAGGAUGUUCACAAAAAUGAGAUCGUCACUCGUGGUCGUCGUCAUCAUAUUGAUUGCUACGAACCUCAACCCCGUCUCCUCCACGGAUAUUGUAGACCAUCCCCACCACUUUUGCUACAGCGAGGAGUCCUGCGCCCCUAACAAUGCUGAGGUCUGGCCUGGAGCUUGCCAAUCUGGCGAGUCCCAGUCCCCCAUUGACCUCGUGGACGGUCCUGCUGACGAGGAGGUCGAGGUGCCGCUUCGUCACUUGAAGACCGACCACUUUUUUAUUCAGAAUAAUGGACAUACGGUCAAUCUCGACUUCCCCAACGAAAAUGAAUUUGGGGAUUCGUAUUUCUUCCCUUCUUACGGGUUGAGCGAUCGGCUCUUCCGUUUGUCAAAUGUCCAUUUCCAUUGGGGCAGCAAAGACGAGGAAGGAUCGGAGCACACAGUAGACGGCAAAUCGUAUUCAAUGGAGAUGCAUUUGGUUCACUACAACGCAGACUAUCUGAACUCUGCCUCAGCCGUGGGAUCGGGCGACAAGAAUGCGCUCUCCGUGGUGGGGAUAUUUCUCGAUGUGGACGCGUCCGCCGCGCCCAAUCCGGCCCUCACCCCCGUCGUCGCCAGCCUUAAGAACAUUGAAGACGUGCACUCGUACUGGGUCAGAGUUGACGAAGCGCUGGACCUCUCGAGUCUGAUGCCGAAAGCUGGAGCCACGGUGUUUUCCUACCAGGGCUCCCUCACCACUCCAGGCUGCAACGAGCAGGUCAACUGGUACGUCUUCAAGGACCCCGUCUCGAUUUCACCCUCCGACGUGAAAGCCUUCCGUGACAUCAUGGACGGGGAAAUGGGUCGAAUUUCUGAGAACCACCGCCCAGUACAGAAACCAUUUAACCGGACGAUCCUAAUCCGAACGGCGACCGGGGGGCAGAUUGAAACAAGUACGGACGCAUCUGCAACCACAUCUGCUGCAGAUGCGGAUCCCGCAGAUAACGGUGGAGAAGAUGACAAUACCAAGCCAUCAAAAAAGUCUUGCAAAAAGAAUAAGAAGGACAAGAAGGGGGGAAAGAAGGCCAAAAAACCAAUUAAAAAGAAACUCAUGAUUACAACUCAUUAAUCUUAUGAAACAAACAUUCGGCGAAAAAUAAAGCGAAAUGCGGUGAAACCCAUCCAUCAUUGCGGACCAUCUUCUGCAAACCCUUACUCACACCCAAGUGGGGGUAGUCACACCCCAUCCGCAUUCUUCCCUUAAUUUUCUUCACAUGGUACUUUCAUUCUCAAAUUUUAAUAAAUUCACAUUCCCCAUUGGGGGCAGAGGGA